UAUUAACUCUUACUCGUAUCGUAUUAUCAGUAACAGUACUCUGUUGUUUUUUUACAUCUAUGGCGUGACGUUACACAACUGACAAUGUCACACAGUGCCAGAACUUGACAUAAGCAGUGUAUGUGUAUCAGGAUAAGGAUAACAUUUUUAUUAGGUCACAUCAAAGAAACUUAAUUAAUUUCUAAUGUAAUUUAAAGAUUAUAUUCAUUAUUUUUGUAAUAUUUUAAUUUUAUACUUAUGUUUAUUAUUUGUUACAACUCACUAGUCAUAAAAACAUUGUGAUAAUGGUGAUAAUGGCAUAUCGAGUUUUGAUCAUUUUCAUUUUUGCUAUAUGUGUAAGAACUGAAGAAGAGCAUUCAGCAUCGAAAAUGAGCAAGGAAGAGAGGCAAUUGUUAAAAGAAGAAGCUCGUAAUAUGUUUUACCAUGCUUAUGAUGCAUAUAUGGAUAAUGCGUAUCCUGCAGAUGAACUAAUGCCUCUCAGCUGUAAAGGUAGAUGGAAAGGAGUGACACCAAGCCGAGGUGAUAUGGAUGACGCACUUGGAAAUUUUUCUCUUACGCUGGUGGACAGCUUGGACACCCUGGUGGUGAUGGGAGAUUUCUCAGAGUUCAGCAGAGCACUGAAGCUAGUAUUGAGAGAUGUCACAUUCGAUCACGACAUUGUAGUAUCUGUGUUUGAAACAAACAUAAGGAUGCUAGGUGGUUUACUGUCAGCUCAUGUGUUGACAAUGGCUUUGAAAUCCGAAGUGCCGGCACUGCAAUGGUACAACGGGGAACUACUUGCAAUGGCCGAAGACUUGGGUAGGAGGCUGCUGCCUGCUUUUAAUACCUCUACGGGUAUACCUCAUGGGCGAAUAAACCUUCGCUUCGGCAUCGGAGGAUUGUCGGAGUCGCGGGAGACUUGCACAGCUUGCGCCGGCACUAUGAUACUGGAAAUGGCAGCGCUAUCGAGGCUCACAGGGAACCCAGUUUACGAACAGAAGGCACACAAAGCUAUGGACAGACUGUGGAAAAUAAGGCAUAGGACUUCAGAUCUCAUGGGCACUGUGAUAAACAUACACUCGGGCGACUGGGUCCGUAAGGAUUCGGGCGUCGGCGCAGGCAUAGACUCGUACUACGAGUACUGUCUGAAGGCUUACAUCCUUCUCGGCGAUGAGAAGUACCUGGCCAGGUUCAAUAGACACUACAACGCGGUCAUGAAGUAUAUAAGCCGGGGGCCCGUUAUGCUGGCUGUACAUAUGCACAGGCCGCACUUGCAGUCGCGUAAUUUCAUGGACGCGCUCCUGGCGUUUUGGCCAGGGCUGCAAGUCUUACUAGGUGACGUCAGGCCUGCGGUGGAGACACACGAGAUGCUUUAUCAGGUCAUGCAACGGCACACGUUCAUACCGGAGGCGUUUACUUCAGAUUUCCAGGUGCACUGGGGCCAGCACCCUCUAAGGCCGGAAUUCUUGGAAUCCACAUACUUUCUCCACAGAGCGACGGGCGACGAUCACUACUUGCACGUUGGCAAGACUGUUUUAAAAGCUUUGCAGCAAUACACCAGGGUCCCAUGCGGCUACGCAGCCGUGAAUGACGUCAGAACCAGAUUACACGAGGACAGAAUGGACUCAUUCGUGCUCGCCGAGACCUUCAAGUACUUGUAUAUGUUGUUCGGCGAGGACAGAGAUUUACCCGUUAAACUGGAGGACUACGUUCUUACCACGGAGGCGCACUUCCUGCCACUCUCCUUGGCUUCGGCCGGGAAAAAUACGACGUACUUCACGUUGAGAAUAGACGAUGAAGACGAGGAUAAGUACAGAAAGACAUGUCCGAACACCGCGUCCUUAGUCGCCGAAAAAGUCCGUCAGCCGAUGCGUCAGUUACUAGGAUCCAGUGCGGCGCGACCUCCGGCAAGAUUGCGGCCAUUAAACGACCCGCGGCAGAUCCACGCGUUAGCUGACAUGGGCAUCUCCGUGCUGACUCUCCCCGACGGCAGGGUGCAGCUGCUGUAUACUACCGCGACUGCGAAAUCAGCAAAAGACGCGGCUGAAGGACUGACUUUCAUGCGCGAAAUGUCAAAAUGGAACUCAUUGAGCGACAUAGAAAACGGCGUGGUACCGGUAGGUGUCAAAGUCGAGGACAAGAUAUUUCCAGCUGGGCCUGGCCACUUCGGUCGCGAAAUUACCGGCGACGAACACUUAAUCGGUAAAGUAGUUUUCGUCGAGCCAUCUGAUGCCUGCACAGAAAUACAAAACAAAGAGGAAAUGCUAGAAAAGUUUGCGAUCGCCCUCAGAGGGCAGUGCACAUUCGCCCAAAAGGUACGCAACUUACAAAACGCCGGCGUAAAACUGGCCAUUAUAUUGGACAACGUUCCUCAAUCCACGCAUGAGAACACAGCCCUAUUUGCCAUGUCCGGAGACGGGAAAGACGACAUCGAAAUCCCUGCGGUAUUCCUGUUCUCACAAGAAGGCGAGUACUUAACAGAGUUGGCGCGAACGAACCCAGAACUCGCAGUAACAGUCGGCGAAUUAAAGUCGCUUAAGAGACAGUACGAGAAAAAUUGCGACGGCGACAGUUGCGAAACGAUACUGGAGUCAUCGGAGGUCGCAUCGGACAAGGAAUCGUUCGAUCAUUUGAAAAAAGUGCUGAGUCAGUUGGUCGCGCAGUUUGAAUUGUCUCUUUCUAACGAGGAACAUGUUGCACAGAAAACAUGCAGCGAUAGUAACGUUGACGUUUACCUAUCGAAAGAUUCGUUUAUGAACGACGACCUUCGUAUCGACAGUAGGCCAGUGUGCGCAGACACAAAAACUGCCAUCCACGAGUCCAGACACGAGAAAAAGGAUAAAACCACAACCACAGAGAAACCUGGAGGUUUUUGACAUAACGCGCUAAGUUGUAAAUAAUACCGUAGGUAAACAAUGAUUGUAAAUAUUCGAUUGUAAGUAAUUCACUCAAUGGAUUUCGUGCCUUUCGAUAUCGUUUACUUUAUCUUAUUUAUUUAUUUACUUAUUAAAAAAACAAUAACAGAGUUACAAGUAAUUACAUAUCAAGUACAUCACAUCAACAGAACGGUACGGUCGAGCAAAAUUUUUGAUUUCAUCGUAUACUGUCGUUCCUGAUCUUGUGUAAUCUUUUACUUAAAUUAAAACUUAUGAAAGAGUGAAUGAGGCAUAAUAUAAAAGUAAUUAAAAAAGAUUUAAUAUUAACAUAUAUACAUCGAUGGUUAUUAUACCAUAAAAUAUAAUUCUUCUAAGACACAUUCGAUUUAUUUUUUACUUAGAUCGUACUGAUAUAAUUAUAAGUUAAAUGUACGAGUUUACUGCGUACAAUGCAUUUUUUCCUAUGUUACUUCAUUUUCAAUUUAUUGCACAAAUCGGUUCCCAUUCAGUUAUCAAGAGCACCAUUCAUGUCCACUUUUAUUUGAGUCACUGCAUUGUAAAUUACUCUCCAUAAUAUAAUUUUAUCUCAAUUGAUACUUGUCAUUCAUCUCUUUAUAGUUUCGGUGCAAUUUAUAUGUGGCGUUACCAGUCAGUGGUAAAAGUACAGUCAAGUGUAAAACUAUGCCGACAUACAUACUCGGGAGUUAAUACUUUAUUAAUGUUUGAUGUUUCUUUAAUUUCUCGAAGAAAAAUAUAAAAACCUAUAACGCCAUAUUUCGGAAUUCAAAUGGAACAAGCAAUCAAUACAAAAGAUGACGGGCAAAAAUGUAUGGGACGCGUACCCACAACCAAUAACGAUCAGACGUAUGUCGUUAGAAAGGUCUUUUCAUGACUAUAUAUAUUUGUUAUUAUGCGGGCUAGUCUCAAUUUGUUGUGGGGAAAAUGUUAUAGUUACUUAAAUGAUAUUGAUAUUAAAUGAGAUCUAUUAAAAUAAAAGUUGUUUAUUCUAAGUAUGUUAAAAAACAGUUUUUGAGCGGAUUCUAUGUACUUUCAGCGUAAUAAUGUUAAGUAUGAGACAAAUCAUGAAAAAGAAACUUAAAAUAUAAAAAAAAACAGUUAUAAUCGUUUAUUACUGAUUUACAAACACAUUUCUUAUUAUUUAAAAAUUAGUGAUAUAUGUUGUCUACGAUUACAUCAUUUAAAAAUGCUGCUGGGGUAUUGAACACUUCAUGCCUUGCGUAAGCAAUGUACCAUAUUAUUGACAUUAUGAGUGCUGCCUUGCUGCCUACCGUUCUUCGUCCAGUCAAAUAAGUGCAGUGAUACUGACAUAUUGCAUUAAUGCCGAUUUGAUCCCUGUGUAUUAAAAUAUAACAGUAAUUAUGUUCUAGAUCUAACAUGCCUUGACUGAAUGCGUACUGCAUGUCACCGCGUGCAUCCUCCCCAAAUACUUUUAUCAUAUACAGGCCGUUUUGUAUAUGUUCACCGCAAUAAGAUUUUGCAAGUUUCACUUGGUAGGAGCCCAAUGCAAACAUUUUAAUGUCAUGUUCUGUGACUCUCAGAAAGUCUUGAAAUUCAAGCUAAUUUACAUCUAGAAUAGUGAACGCAACCCUUUGCCUAUGAAGGUUAUUUUCAAUCACAUAAUUGAAUAAAUGAUUUUAAUAUCUGGAACUAACAACUUUUAUUUUAAUACAUAUAAGUUAAGUAACUAUAACAUUUUCCCCACAACGAAUUGAGACUAGCCCCCAUAAUAACAAAUGAUAGUCAUGAAAAGAGCUUUCUAGCGACAUAUGUCUGGUCGUUAUGGGUCGGUGGGUACAUUCCGCCCUUUACUUAGUGAUCCAUUAUAAAGCAGUUUAGCCCCAAUGUAAGGUUUUCAUAUCUCUGGUCAGACUGUAGUCAAUAAAUGAUUAUUUUAAACUCGAGGAAUGUUAAAUUUGAUUACGUAUUUUUACAUGAGACUAUACAAGACUGUGUAAAACUUUGUUUAGUUCUUUUGUAAGUAUGUAUAUGUUACCGGCCAAACCCGAUUUCAGGACAAACUAGUUUUGCCUAGGCUAAACUAGUUCUUCCUAUACGCGAUAGAAUGAACUAGUAUAGCCUAGUCCAAACUAAUUGGUCCUAAGCCCGAUAGGAUAAACCAGAUUAGCCUAGGCCAAACUAGUUGUUCCUGAUACAAAUACGCAUACUCUAGGAUAAACUAGUAUGGCCUA